CGAGGGGUUGCAGAGCUGUCACGGCUUUGCUCUUACACAGGCUGUUCCACAAGUGCAGAGACGCAUCUUCCUUCCUCUCUCUUGCUUUUUUUCCCUCCUGCUUUUUCACUGUCUUUGAUUUAUGUCUGUGGUUUAUUUCGGUAAAACUGCAGUCCCCGGUUCUCCUGCUCUGGCCCUGCUGCGAAGGAUUUGGGCAGGAAGCCAAAAGGGCAUCUGGGAUAAACAAGGUGCCUAAUGCCCUCUGUGUAUUCCAGGUGCUCUUGCGGGUCCAUGUGGGAUAACCACGGGGAGAGGACGGGCCUGACACUGUCUCUGACAGGCAGGCAGCCGAGCUUGUUCCAUUAGGUUGUGACUAAUUGGAGAAAAAUGGAUUUCAAGAAAUGCGUCAUUUUUAGAAGUAAAAAUAACAAAUGGAACAUGAAAAGUAUUUAAAGUGACAUCAUCAGAGACAUAAAACCGGAGGCACACAAUUGAUUGCCGCUUGAGGAGGGUUUGCGAGUCAAACAUGCCUCCAGCUCGUAAGUCAGGGGAAGCACCAGGCUGGGGCUUCUCCGGGGACGUUCACUGAGUGAAGUUUUACAGCUGCGGCUCCAGCAGAGAAGGACCCGUGAGCAGCUGGCAGACCAAGGCAUCAUGCCACGUGCAUCAUGAAAGCUGUAGCACCACUGGAGAAAGGAUGUUGGGAGCUCAGCCCUGCUCAGUGGAAUUCUCCAUCCUGACCUAGCUCAGGCUCCAUGUGCAAAUCUGUGGUUACCUGGGACCCAGCACUGAAAAGCCCAUCUGCAUUCCAUGAACAGCGAAAAAGUCUGGAGCGAGCCAAGACUGAAGAUUAUCUCAAGCACAAGAUCAGAAGCAGGCCUGAGCGGUCAGACCUGGUCAAUAUGCACAUUCUGCAAGACUCGGCUGCAGAGGGGUCCAUCCAGUCAACUCAGAUGAAGCUGAAAAGAGCCCGACUGGCAGAUGACCUCAAUGAAAAGAUUGCGCUCAGGCCUGGUCCUUUGGAGCUGGUGGAGAAGAAUAUUAUUCCCGUGGACUCAGCUGUGAAAGAGGCCAUAAAAGGCUCCCAGGGCGGCUUUCCCCGGCAGACCGACGCGUUCGCCUUCGAGGAGGACAGCAGCAACGACGGGCUGUCCCCGGAGCGGCCCCGCAGCCGCGGCUCCCCGGGCCCCGCCGAGCCGCCCCCCGGCUCCAAGGCCCCGGAGCCGCCCCCCGCCGCCUCAGCCGGGGCUCCACAGGAUCGUCCCCCCAGUGCCGAUGGCCACGCUCCGGACACUGCCCCGGGGCAGGGCAGCCAGUGCGACAGCCCCAAGCAGCCAGCAGGGCAGGAGAGCCCGACGCUCCCGGUGCCCUCUGCCGUGAAGUCCAAGUCAUCCAGUGAUAGCAAGAACCGUCACAAAAAGCCCAAAGACACCAAGCCCAAAGUAAAGAAGCUCAAGUACCACCAGUACAUCCCUCCAGACCAGAAAGCAGAGAAGUCCCCUCCACCCAUGGAUUCUGCAUAUGCCAGACUGCUCCAGCAGCAGCAGCUCUUCCUGCAGCUCCAGAUCCUCAGCCAGCAGCAACAGCAGCAGCAGCAGCAUUUCAACUACCCUGGGAUGCACCAAGGACAGCUAAAGCAAUCUAAUGAGCAGAUGGUCAAAAGUUCAAAUUCUUCAUCAACUUCUGGCAACAACACCCCUCUUUCUCCAGUGAAAACCACCUUUUCAGGCCAGACUUGUGUCUCAUCUAUCAAGCCAGGCCCUCUGCCAUCCAACCUGGAUGAUCUCAAAGUGUCAGAGCUGAGGCAGCAGCUCCGAAUACGAGGCCUGCCCGUGUCGGGUACCAAAACAGCGCUGAUGGAGCGGCUGCGGCCCUUCCAGGAGUGCAGCGGCAGCACGGUGCCAAACUUCAGUGAGAUCACCACCGUCACCUUCCCAGUCACCCCAACAAGCACCCUGUCCAGUUAUCAGUCCCAGUCCUCCACCAGCAUGUUGUCAAAUGGCUUCUACCACUUUGGCAGCACCAGCUCCACCCCACCCAUCUCGCCUGCCUCCUCGGAGCUCUCUGUGAGCGGCUCUUUGCCAGACACCUUCAACGACGGGCCCAUGUCCUCCCCACAGUUUGGGCUCCAGCCAUCGCCCGUCCACGGCAGCGCUGAGGAAAGCCUCAUGAGCAGCAUGAAUGGAGGGAGCAUCCAGCUGGAACUGGAAGGAAUAGACACAGAGAAAGACAAGAUGCUGGUGGAGAAGCAGAAGGUCAUCAAUGAACUGACGUGGAAGCUGCAGCAAGAGCAGAGGCAGGUGGAAGAGCUGCGGAUGCAGCUCCAGAAGCGGAAGAGAAGCAACGGCCUUGAGGAGAAGCAGCAACCUGCUCAGCAUUUCUUUGGUGUCCCCAUCAAGCAAGAAAACACCGUGUCCAGCUGUCCAUUUGCAUCCAAACAAAUGGCCCUGAAAGGCCAGGCCGGCAGCUCGGAUAAGCUGAGUAACUGUGGGGUGCCGCAGGUGCCCCACAUUGUAAAUAGCCACUGCUUGGAGCCCUCAGGGCAGAGCACCAUCACCUCCUCGACAUUCCUGAGCCCGCAGUGCUCCCCCCAGCACUCUCCCCUGGGAGCUGCCAAGAGCCCCCAGCACAUCAGCCUGCCACCAUCCCCCAACAGCCACUACCUGCUGCCAGUGUCCCCCGAGGGCCGCAGCGCGUCCCCGCCGGGCAGCGGCUGCCUCCGCACAGCUCCGAUGGCUGCGCAGUCAGGCCAAAAGUUUUCUAUUCCAUCCCCAAGUUUUUGUAAGUCAAGCCCAGCCCUGUCAGAGGUAAAGCAGCCUCCACCCUAUGAGGAUGCAGUGAAGCAGCAGAUGACACGAAGUCAGCAGAUGGACGAGCUCCUGGACGUGCUGAUUGAGAGUGGAGAAAUUCCGGCCAACGCCAAGGAAGACCGCUCCUGCCUCCAGAAAGUCCCUCAGAUCAUGGUGUCCGCAGGGAGCUCCGGUGCCGCCGGCCCCAAGGGCCCCGCCCCGUUCGAGCCCUUCGAGCACUGCCCGGGCAGCAGCGACGCUCACCUCGAGGUGCUGCUCAACGCCCACAGCCCCCUGGGCAGGGUCAGCGAGAUGGCCCUGCUGAAGAUGGGGGCAGAGGAGCCCCACUACGAUGGGAUGAUGGAGGGGUUCUCCGGGAAAGCCGCGGAUGAACUGCUCAACUCCCAGGAGAUUUUACAGACUCCCCUGUCGCCCAUGGAAACGCAGCUCUCCCCUUCCCCUGCCGAAGGCUCCGGUUUACAAAUGAGUUUCACUGAGUCUCCGUGGGAAACAAUGGAGUGGCUGGACCUCACCCCCCCCAGCUCGGCCACCGGCUUCAGCUCGCUCACCCCCGCGGGCCCCAGCAUCUUCAACAUCGAUUUCCUGGAUGUCGCCGACCUCAACCUGAACUCCAGCAUGGACCUGCACCUGCAGCAGUGGUGAAGGGACCUGCUGGGGCAGGAUGCUGUGAGCCUGCAGCAGGCAGCACGGUGUUCCUGUCGUGCCAGAGAACAUGCAGGGCUAACGUGCCUCAUCCAGGGAAAACUGGAGUCAUUUUGCCAGCAUAUAAACUUGUUUGAAUUUCCAGUCACUGAAAAUUGACAGCACAACUCUGGUACUUUGGUUUUCCUCCAUUGACACAGCCUCACAGAGGGACACCAGUGCCUGAAACAACACUUUCUUUGAUUGACAAGAACUUCAGUUUUCUUUCUUUGAUCUUUCCCCUUCCCCCAGUUUCAGCAGUCACUCUUGUGAGAACUGGAGCAGCUCAUGACAAGACUGUGUGGUGAGGUGACCUCACCUGGGUGGCAACAGGAAAUCAUGGAGAGAGAAGCCCACUCUUCCUCUCCUCUCCUCUCCUCUCCUCUCCUCUCCUCUCCUCUCCUCUCC